GUUUUGUAAGUUAUAAAUUUAAAUACUAUUUUAUGACAUUUGUCUUUUAAAAAUAUAUUUCAAAUUCAAAAUUUCAUUUUAUAAUUUUAAUAUUUUUAAUUUUAAAUUUUAAAUUUUAAUUUUAAUUUCAAUAUUUCAUAUAUAUAAUACGGCAAAGAGUCGUAAAGUCCUCGCAAACUUAACAUAGAGUUUACUAGGAUUCAUUGUAAAAUCCUCGUAAGUUUUACAAGGUCUUUACAUGGAAAUACUUGUAACUUCCACGUAACAUUUACAAGGACAUUACAUGGUAGGACUUGUAAAUUCGUCGUAAAUUUAACAAUCAUUUAAAUACGACGUUAUAACGAAACUUAACGAGUCUUACAACGUGUUUACGACGAAUAUGUUCUCUUCGCUUUUACACCGAAAACCUUUUCUCGUCAUUUUACGCGGAAGUUACGACGAAUCUUUCAUUACGAUGAUUGUUUAACAGCAAAAAACGUUUCCUUGUUAAUUUGUUGUAACACGCCUAUGAUGACGAAUUAACAAAGAAUACGGUCUUUGUAAAAAAUAUGUUUUUUUGUAGUGUUUAACCAAAUUACAAAUAUUUUACCUUAUUCGAUUUUCCUUAGUUUUAAUAAUGUUAAGGCAUACUGUACUUCCUAAUGAGAUCAAGAUAGAAGGUAAAAUUUUGAUUACGGUCUAAGAGAAUCUCUAACCUCACUCUAUUUUCCUUAUAGUGAAAAUGCUCUAAUCUUAUUCUAUUAUGCAUUCUAUAAUAAAAUAAAAAAUAAAUUUAUUCCAUAAAUAAAUUAUUUCAUUUAUUUUUUGUUGAUCAUUUUUUUUACUCUUAAAUAAAGUAUCAUUAGAGUAAAACAUAAUUCUAUUAUAAAUUUUUUUUUCUUUCAAAAAAUAGAAUGAUCUAUUAAAUAUGGUCUAAGUCUUUUUUAACACUGUAAAACUUCAUUGAUCAAGAACAACAUUACAAGAGAGGAAUACAAAGUCAGUGAACUAAGAGAGAGCCUCCCCGAAACAAGCUAGCGGAAUCUAAGACAUUAUGGUCUAAGAGCAAUGGGUUGCUCUAAGUCUUUCUUCUUUCUUUCGCAGCCUAAAGAAAACAAAAGAUAUGUAUAUUACUGAAAAUUCAUAUUUUGAUAGCAACCAAGCAUAAUAAAAAUACUUUAGUUAGUCAAUUGUCAGUUUAUUCGUAAACUAAGUCCUCCUAACCCACAUAAUUCCAAAGAAAUUCCCAGAUAAACAAAUAAUAUAUAUAAGAAACCUUAGUUUUCUUUAUCUUUUUUCAACUCAGGAAACCAAAGACUUAGACAACAACAAAAACCAUUGACAUUUUUCUUCUUGUUCUUCUUUAUCAUCUUCUUGUUGAUCGCUCAAAGGCAAGAAAGAAAAAAAAACAGGAAUCAUGAUCAAUCUCCUCCAGUCUCUAAAAAGAUCACUGGCUUAUGCAGUCAUAUGGAUGCUCUUUAUGAUUCUGGAUUGUGUUUUGUCAGUUAAUGAGCGUCACAAACACUGCGCUCCAACGUUUAGCUGUGGACAUAAGAUUGAUCUGUAUUAUCCCUUUUGGACAUCUGACAGAGAAGAGUGCGGCCACCCGGAUUUCAAAGUCAACUGCAGCGACGGUUUUGCAGAGCUUACCAUUUCCGCAGUAAAGUUGAGAAUCCUUGAGAUGAAUUCUAAGUCUAGAAUCAUCAGACUUGCCAGAAUGGAUUACAUCAACGAUCUUUGUCCCAAUAAGCCUGAGAACGCAACACUCAACAAUCAAGUCCUUCCAUUUUCUGAAGACACGGAGCUCCGAACGUUUUACUACCGAUGUCGUCUUAGCCCAAAAGUGGAUGUUACUAACAGCGGCCACAUCAGACAGCUUGACUGUGGGGAUGAUUCUGGUAGACCAAGUUUCUCUGUCUCGUCCCAUUUAUAUUCUCGGAAAAGGGAAAUCAUUAAUGAGUUAAGGGAAUCAUGUGGAAGUAUCGUCAAUGUUCCAGUCUCUCGAUCUGCCUUGAGGAUAGAAGAGAGAAAUCAGAGUGCGGAGGCUCUAACGAAGGCUCUUGAAAAGGGUUUCGAGCUUAGUUUUAACAGAGAUUGUUCGCGAUGCAGAAGAUCAAAGGGUGCUUGUGGAUAUAAUAAUACCUUGGGAGGAUUCGUCUGCUAUUGUAUAAAUGAGUCUCAUAAGCAUACUUGUGAAAAGAAUGAAACCAACAAUAAUCUGACGGAGCUCCUGACUUUUUGUUUAUCACAAGGCAUUGGAUUCGUAUGUGGUUUCUUGGGUGCCACUCUUUUAGCAGCAUGUUUGCUCUGUUUCUACAUCCGGAGAAGGAAGAAACUGGCAGCACAAUACACAAACAAAGGCCUUUCAGCUACUCCUCCCACAUCAAUCUCCAGAAGCAACCAUGCUCUCAUGCCAUCAUCUAUCUCUAACCUAGCAAACAGAAGUGUCGAUUAUGGAGUCCAAGUCUUCAGCUACGAAGAACUCGAGGAAGCCACUGAUCAUUUCUCUAGAGAGCUCGGAGAUGGAGGAUUCAGCACCGUCUACUACGGCAUACUAAAGGACGGACGAGCGGUAGCUGUAAAACGCUUCUUUGAGAAGUCCCUGAAACGUGUGGAGCAGUUCAAGAACGAGAUCGAUAUCUUGAAAUCCUUAAAACACCCGCACCUAGUGAUUCUAUACGGAUGCACAACGAGACAUAGCAGAGAGCUACUCCUAGUGUAUGAAUACAUCUCUAAUGGCACACUCGCUGAUAAUCUCCAUGGAGACCAAGCACAGUCUCGUCCUAUUAGCUGGCCUGGUCGACUCAACAUCGCCAUUCAAACCGCGAGUGCAUUGUCCUUCCUCCAUGCCUCGGGAAUUAUACACAGAGAUGUUAAGACUACGAACAUUCUUCUAGAUAGCAACUACCAAGUGAAAGUGGCUGACUUCGGUCUCUCGCGGUUGUUUCCGCCGGAUCUAUCUCAUAUCUCAACCGGGCCGCAAGGAACUCCGGGGUACGUUGAUCCUGAGUAUUAUCAAUGUUACCGUCUCAACGAAAAAAGCGAUGUUUACAGCUUCGGAGUCGUACUCGCGGAGCUGAUCUCAUCCAAAAAAUCAGUUGAUAUCACCAGAAGUCGCGAGGAUAUCAACCUCGCGAAUAUGGCUAUCUCCAAAAUAGGAAAUGACUCCGUUCACGAGCUGGCGGAUUUGUCUCUCGGGUUCGCGAGGGAUCCUUCCGUGAAUAGGAUGAUGAUUUCUGUUGCUGAGCUGGCGUUCGGUUGUUUGCAACAGGAGAGGGAGGCAAGGCCGUCCAUGGAUGAGGUCGUCAAGGUUCUGAGAGAGAUUCAGAAGGAAGGUGAAAGUGAUGCUCCUGGGGUGGUGGAGGUAGAUGUGAGGAGCGGAGAUGAAGCUGCGUUGUUAAAGCACGGUGUUCCUCCGGUGUUAUCGCCAGUGUCUGAGAAAGAGACGAGUGGUUCAAAUACGACGACGAGUAGUUCUAGUAGGACGAGGAAGAGUUCGUUCUGAGAGUGUACUAUGAGAGACUCUAGAUCAAAGCGAGGGUUUGGUGUCGGUAUUAAACCAUUUGCGAAUUUCACCUUUUUUGACUCUUUUGUUGUUUCCUGUUCUCUUUCUUUGUGAUUUUUGCAUAAAAGGACCAUUACUAUUCGUUAA